GUUGGCCUUCCGGAAGCACAGGCAUCUGCCAUAUCCUCUUUAUCACAUAAAAAAUCAUCUUCAUAUAUCUCUCUCCUAAAAGUCUUCUCUCCCCUUUCCUCCACGAUGCCUCCGCGCAAGCGGUCACAGGCUGCCAACUCCACUCCAACAACCGCUGCGAAUCCUCCUCGGCGCAUGCGCUCUUCCCAAUCUAAGCAGUCAUCACAACCAGCAAAACCGGCACAGGCUCCCGAGCAGCAGGAUGGCCCAAAAAAGGACGACUCGCCGUUUUACCCGUACCGUCACCGGGAUCCCUUCGAUGCACUCCUCGAGCCCUUUUAUUAUAGCAAGUCCCUGACGGACCCGAUAGAUACCCCUCGCGAUAAAUGGAAUUUGGUCCCGGCGUUUCUCAAGGUCAAGGGGCUAGUGAAACAGCACAUUGACUCAUACAAUGAUUUCAUCGAGGUGCAGUUGAAGAAGAUCAUCGAGUCGAGUUCGACGAUCCGCAGCGACGUGGACCAUCAGUUCUUUAUCAAGUUUACAGAUAUCUACCUCGGUUCUCCUCGACGCGCAGAUGAGCCACAAGAUGCCGAUUUCAACUCAGAGUCCACCGUGACACCGCAGGAGUGCAGGCUUCGUGACACAACUUAUGCAGCUCCUAUUCAGGUCGACUUCGAAUACCUCCGUGGCAGGCAAAGAGUGAGGAAGAUGGGCAUGUGCAUUGGAAGAAUUCCUGUCAUGCUUCGUAGCUCCAAAUGCGUGUUGGCGAACAAGACACCCUCCCAGAUGAGUGUGCUGAACGAGUGUCCACUGGAUCCUGGCGGCUAUUUCAUUGUGAAUGGCACUGAAAAGGUCAUUUUAGUUCAGGAGCAAUUGAGCAAGAAUAGGAUCAUCGUGGAGACUGAUCCUAAGAAGGAGAUUGUACAGGCUUCGGUUACAAGUUCUACGCACGAGCGAAAGUCGAAAAGUUAUAUUGUUCUUAAAAAGGAAAAACUUUAUUUGAAGCACAACGUGCUAAGCGAAGAUAUCCCCAUUGUUAUUCUGUUGAAAGCGAUGGGCGUCCAUACAGACAAAGAAAUGCUAUUCCUGGUGGCCGGUAUGGACAAAGUAUACCAGGAAGAUUUCGCCGUCAAUUUCGAAGAGGCUAUCAAACUAGGCAUAUUCACUCAGCAACAAGCUCUCGAAUGGAUUGGUGCGCGCAUUAAGAUCAACCGGAAAAUGUCGAAUUAUACCAAAACACAUAUACAAGAGGCGGUUGAGGCGAUCGCAUCUGUUGUCAUCUCUCACGUUGAAGUCAAGGAUAUGAAUUUCCGACCCAAAGCGAUCUAUGUCGCUCACAUGGCUCGUCGAGUUCUGAUGGCCAAGAAUGAUGCAUCUUUGGUUGACGACCGUGAUUACCUUGGAAAUAAGAGAUUGGAGUUGGCUGGCCAACUCCUGGCUCUUCUAUUUGAAGAUCUUUUCAAGAAAUUCUGCUUCGAUGUCAAGAUGAACAUUGACAAGGUGCUGAACAAGCGUAACCGAGCCGAGGCUUUUGACGCCUGGAAUAUCAUGAGGAUGCACAGCAAUCACAUCACUCAGGGAAUGAACCGUGCUAUUUCGACUGGAAACUGGAGCCUGAAGCGUUUCCGUAUGGAACGUGCUGGUGUCACCCACGUACUCAGUAGGUUGAGUUACAUAGCUGCGCUGGGUAUGAUGACUCGUAUUAGCAGUCAGUUCGAAAAGACUCGGAAGGUCUCCGGUCCUAGAGCGUUGCAGCCGUCACAGUUCGGCAUGCUUUGUCCGGCAGAUACCCCAGAAGGAGAAGCAUGUGGUUUGGUGAAGAACCUGGCGCUUAUGACGCACGUCACAACCUUUGACGAAGAGGAACCGAUAAGGAAUCUGGUCUUCAUGCUGGGUGCGGAAGACAUCGAGACAGUUGGCGGGAGAGAGCUAUACAGUCCUGGUUGUUACACGAUAUCUAUCAACGGUACGCCAAUGGCAUUGACCAGACGACCGAAAUACUUUCUCGAUUCGUUCCGGAGACUACGCCGCAUGGGUCGGAUAUCCGAGUUCGUCAGCAUAUACAUCAAUCAUCACCACACGGCAGUCCAUAUUGCCACGGACGAUGGACGGAUUUGCAGGCCCCUCAUCAUUGUCGAGAACGGCAAAUCUCGAGUCAAAACGCAUCAUCUCGAGAAGCUACGGGAAGGGAAAAUGGCGUUUGAUGAUUUCCUUGCCCAAGGAUUAGUUGAAUACCUUGAUGUGAAUGAGGAGAACGAUUCGUACAUUGCCGUCUACGAGAGAGAUAUCAGGGACACGACUUCUCACCUCGAAAUCGAACCGUUUACUGUCCUCGGAGCGGUGGCCGGUCUCAUUCCUUACCCCCAUCACAAUCAGUCGCCGCGUAACACGUACCAAUGUGCUAUGGGUAAACAAGCCAUCGGUGCUAUCGCGUCGAAUCAGUUUCUUCGCAUCGAUUCCAUUCUUUAUCUCAUGGUAUACCCACAGAAACCUAUGGUCAAGUCCCGCACCAUCGAGCUUGUCAAGUAUGACCAGCUGCCAGCUGGCCAAAAUGCUACUGUUGCGGUUAUGAGUUACUCGGGAUAUGAUAUUGAGGAUGCCCUUGUCCUGAAUAAGGGCUCUGUUGACCGCGGCUUCGGGCGAUGCCAGGUAUUCCGGAAAUACCUUACGACCCUCAAGAGUUAUCCGAACGGUACAAAAGACAGACUCAGCCCUCCAACAUAUGAGAACAACGCUCCCAUUCGAAAACACGCACUUCUUGAAAGCGAUGGUCUGGCUGCUGUCGGUGAAGAGGUCAGCGCGGGCGAGGUCUACAUCAAUAAGGCCACCCCCGACCAGUCACCCACGUCCGGGCUCACUGGUUCGGAAGUCGGCCAACCGGUCGCGUAUUUAUCCACGCCGAUGACUUACAAGCUUCCAGACCCUGCAUACAUUGAUAAAGUCAUGCUCUCUGCGACAGAAGGAGAAAGUGAACUUAUCAAGGUGCUAACACGACAGACCCGUCGCCCAGAGGUCGGAGACAAGUUCUCUUCCCGACACGGACAAAAGGGUGUCGUUGGGAUCAUCGCUGACCAAGCGGACAUGCCAUUUUCCGACAGAGGUAUCUGUCCGGACAUCAUCAUGAACCCCCAUGGUUUCCCGUCUCGCAUGACAGUCGGCAAGAUGCUCGAGCUUGUCGCGGGAAAAGCGGGCGUUCUAUCUGGCCAGCAUGGCUACGGCACCUGUUUCGGCGGCAGUCCUGUCCAGGAAAUGUCCCAGAUCCUCAUUGACCACGGCUUCUCCUAUGGCGGGAAGGAUUACCUCACCUCCGGCAUCACAGGCGAACCGUUGCCGUACUACGUCUUCAUGGGCCCCAUCUACUACCAGAAACUCAAGCACAUGGUUCAGGACAAGAUGCAUUCCCGCGCGCGUGGACCCCGUGCCAUCCUUACCCGUCAGCCGACCGAGGGUCGUUCCCGCGACGGUGGUCUCCGUCUCGGUGAAAUGGAACGUGACUGUCUCAUCGCCUACGGAACCAGCCAGCUUCUCCUCGAACGGCUGAUGAUCUCUUCAGACCGGCAUGAGAUCGACGUCUGCGAGAAGUGUGGGUUCAUGGGCUACCUCAACUGGUGUCAGCGUUGCAAGACCUCUCGCACGGUGGUCAAAAUGGUCAUCCCCUACGCCGCUAAAUUGCUCAUCCAGGAACUGAUGAGUAUGAAUGUUACGGCGAGAUUGAAACUUGAGGACGAGUUCCCCGAUCCGAGGGAAGAAGAAAACGAAAAGAUGACGAAACCAAGGUGA